AGAGGAAUUAAAUGGGAAUACAGCCUUCAAAGCUUACGCAUGCUCUCCCCCGCCGCCGCCGUUGUAGCCGCCGUCCGCGCCGCGGCGGGAUCACCGACGUCCUUACGCCGCGCCCACGCGCGUCUUCUCAAGGAAGGCCUGGCGCUGCACCCUCCCGCGCCGACCCUUCUCGUAUCCUCCUACGCCAAGUGCCGCCUCCUCCCCGACGCCCGCCGGGUGUUCGACGAAAGUCAGCGCCGGGACCUCCACCUCUACUCGUCGCUCCUCGCCGCCGUUUCUAACUCCGACUCUCCGGCCCUCGUGCUCCCGAUCACCCGUCGCAUGCUCUCUGUUGACGCUCUCCAACCCGACCACUUCGUCCUCGCCUCCAUUGCCAGCGCCUCCGCCAGGCUGCGCAGCCUAAGUCUUGGUAAGCAGCUCCAUGGACACUUCGUUGCUUCCCCGUAUAGCGGAGACGAUGUCGUCAAGUCUUCGCUGGUCGACAUGUACUGUAAGUGUGGUUUUCCGGACGAUGCCAGGAAGGUGUUUGAUAGUAUGAGUGUCAAGAACAGUGUUGUGUGGACUGCGCUUGUUUCUGGGUACGCGUCGAUCGGCUAUACUGACGAGGCGCUGGAGCUCUUCUGGAGCAUGCCUGGACGCGGCCUCUUUGCAUGGACUGCACUCGUAUCAGGAUUUGUAAAAGCUGGCGAGAGUGUUAGAGCGGUGGAGCUGUUUGUUGACAUGAGGCGGGAUGCCAUAACUAUUGAUGACGCAUUUGUGUUGUCAGUUGUAACUGGAGGGUCUGCAGACCUGGCUGCGCUUGUUCUGGGUACACAGUUGCAUGGUUUGUCCAUGAGGCUUGGGUUCUUGUCCAGCAUGAUGGUUGGGAAUGCAUUGGUUGACAUGUACUCCAAAUGUAGCGACAUACACUCCGCUAGAGAAGUAUUUGAAGAGAUUACAGCGCGUGACAUCAUCUCAUGGACAACAAUGAUUGUUGGAGAGGCGCAGCAUGGUCGAGCAGGGGAGGCUUUUGCUCUUUAUGACCGGAUGAUUCUUGCAGGAGUGAAGCCCAAUGAGGUGACAUUCGUUGGGUUGAUCUACGCAUGUAGCCACGCUGGUCUUGUUCAGAAAGGUCGGCAACUGUUUGACUCAGUGAAGCGGGAGUAUGGCAUCAACCCUGGAUUACAACUCUAUACAUGCUACCUAGAUCUUCUUAGUCGCUCGGGCCAUUUAUCAGAAGCUGAAGAACUCAUCACUACGAUGCCAUAUGAGCCUGAUGAAGCUGCUUGGGGGGCCCUCUUGAGCGCAUGCAAGAAACACAAAAAUGCUGAAAUGUGUGUCAGGGUUGCUGAUAAUCUAUUAGAGCUGGGACCAAAAUAUCCUUCAACAUGUGUCUUGUUGUCUAAUGUCUAUGCAGUGAAUGGCAAAUGGGGGUCUGUGAGCACGGUGAGAAAGCUCAUGGCUAAUAUGAAGAUAAAUAAAGAGCCUGGGUAUAGCUGGGUUGAAGUUGGAAGAGAAUCUCGUCUGUUUCAUGCUGGGGAAGUGCCGGUUGAUAUGAGAGAAGAAAUUCUAGUUUUUCUCAAGGAAUUAGUCUUGAAGAUGCGCCGGAGGGGCUAUGUCCCUGAUACCAGUUCUGUGAUGCAUGAUCUGGAGGAGCAUGAAAAGGAGCACCAUCUGUUCUUGCACAGUGAGAGGCUGGCUGUUGCUUUUGGAAUCCUCAAGUCUCUUCCAGGGUCAGUGAUCCGGGUGGUGAAGAACCUCCGGGUCUGUGUGGACUGCCAUACAGUGAUGAAGCUAAUUAGUGAAAUUUUCCAGAGGAAGAUUAUUGUGAGAGACGCUACUCGUUUCCACCAUUUUGAAGGUGGGAAGUGCUCUUGUGGUGAAUUCUGGUAGCAGAGCUGAUCUGCUGAUAUUCAGUUGUGCCUUUAGUCCUCUAGGUAUGGUCUAAUAUCUUUACUUUCCCAUGUCUAAUUAAAGAGAUCUGUACGAAAUGGAUGACCUUUUUCUGUAUGACUCAAUUGAUGUUUGAGUCUUAGAAAAAACAAAACCAUAUUGUUGUGCCUUCUCCUUGUAUAGAUGGGCCAACCACCAAGCAAGGAUAAUAGAAACUAGAAUUGUUCAUUUGUUGUAUCCUAUUAUUCCUAGCUUUAUGUAAAUCCUGGUAACAGAUAGUCCUUUGGAGUAUCCUGGGAAACUACAGGGUAGUGUUGCUACAAUUUUUUCCUAAAAAAAUCUGAACAUUUUUGUUGAUGAAUUCAAAGGUUAUGUUGCUGGUGAA